AUGGCGGACCACUUUCCUAUGGAGGAACAGCUGCAGAAGGUCAUGUCUAAGACGGAAGAUGUGAUCAUUUCACCAAAUGAGUCGCAAGGGUCGCAAGAAGAGUCACUGUCAGAUACGGACUCGGAAAUUGUCCACGAGGCUAUUCAACAGAGAUAUGAUGGUCCAUCAGGUCUUCGUUUCCGCCGAGUUGCUUCAAAAACAAUCGUCUCUUUUGGUCCAAACGAUCCAGACAGCCCUUAUAACUGGAACAAGACCAGGAAGUUUCUGGUACUUGCCGCUGGAGUGUUACAGGUCAUGAACAGUACCAUUGCUUCAUCCAUAUGCAGUAACGCUAUUCCCCAGAUCGCUACAGAGUUCGACAUCACGAACCAGCAGAUGCUAGUUCUACCGAUUUCCAUCUUCCUCGUUGGCUACAUCGUGGGUCCACUGCUAUGGGGCCCAAGCUCAGAAUACUUUGGUCGACGAAUGCCAUUGUUAGUUGCAUUUGGCGGAUUUAUGAUAUUCAUGCUAGCAUGUGCCGUGGCCAACUCUUACGCAUCUUUGCUUGUCUUUCGAUUGCUUAACGGCAUGUGUGCGUCGUCGGCAAUUUCCAUAACAGGCGGACUGUUUGCCGAUGUACACGACAAUCCGACCAAGAGAGGUCGACUUAUGGCAUACUAUAUGGCCUGUACAACCUUUGGACCUAUCAUGGGACCGUGGAUAUCCGGUUUCGUCGCCGUCGUCAGCUGGCGAUGGUGCUUUUGGAUCGGACUCAUAUGCGCAGGUGCAUCCUUACCCCUGAUCCUCAUCAUGCCUGAAACAUAUGGCCCAGCUAUCCUGAAGAGUCGUGCGAAGAAGCUUCGAAAGGAGACUGGAAAUCCGAGUAUCAUAUCACCGUUGGAACUGGACAGUCGUAACCUUCGGCAGAUGGCUAUUGUCACGAUAUCUCGACCAUUCCGGAUGAUCCUUCAUGAGUCUAUCGUGUCACUAUCAUCGCUUUACCUUGCGUUGGCUUAUGCCAUUUUCUACCUCUACUUUGAGGCAUAUCCAAUCAUUUUUGAAGGCAUUUAUGGCAUGAGUUCUGGAGUCUCAGGACUGAUGUUCUUGCCAAUCGGCAUUGGCGCAAUUUUGGCGUGCCUUAUAUUCAUUUGGUAUGACGGCUACCUCGCCCGCGCUAAAGCUCGCAAUGCAAGCUGGGCCAACAUCGAAGAGUAUCGGCGCCUUCCACUUGCUUGCAUCGGAGGUCCGCUUUAUGUGAUAGCACUCUUCUGGGUCGGCUGGACUGCUAACCCAAGUAUCCCAUGGGUGGUUCCUUUCCUGUCAGGAAUUCCUUUCGGCAUGGGGUAUCUCUUAAUUUUCAUGACAAUGCUCAAUUACCUGACUGACGCCUACGAGACACUUUCUGCGAGUGCCCAGUCCGCAGCCAGCUGCACGAGAAGCAUCCUCGGUGCACUUCUACCACUCGCCGCCAAGCCGAUGUUCAACCGACUUGGAGUACACUGGGCAUGCAGUCUGAUAGCAUUCCUCGCUAUGGUAGUCUCUAUAAUACCCUUCGCAUUCAUCCGAUACGGCGACCGUAUCAGAGCAAAUAGCAAAUUCUGUCAGGAGCUUAAGGCGAUAAAAGAGGCUGAACAGCUAGAGCUCGAAAGAGAAGAGCGUCUUGAGAAUGGUUCUGAUGAGCUGCAGCCUAUCCCAUCUGUUGCUACUGGUCGAAUGAGUCGGGUUUCCAGAAUCGAUACUGCUCGCAGCAAUGUCGAGAAAGCUUCCAUCAUCUGUGGAUGA